GCGACGAGCACCGAGCGGAGAGAGCGGCAAGCGCGGCCAAGGCUGCCCAGGCACCGGCAGGAGAGGCCGGCCGGUGCGGCGCAGGGACACGUACUCAGUCUGACUCGGGCUGGCACUGGUGGCUAGGAAUGUCGUCCUGGACGAGGUGGCAUGGGCCCGCCAUGGCGCGGUUCUGGGGCUUCUGCUGGCUGAUCAUAGGCUUCUGGAGGGCCGCUCUCGCCUGUCCCACAUCCUGCAAAUGCAGCGCCUCUCGGAUCUGGUGCAGCGACCCUUCUCCUGGCAUCGUGACAUUUCCGAGGUUGGAGCCUACCAGUGCGGACCCUGAGAACAUCACUGAAAUUUACAUUGCAAAUCAGAAGAGAUUAGAAAUCAUCAGUGAAGAUGAUGUGGAAGCUUAUGUGGGACUGAAAAAUCUGACCAUUGUGGAUUCUGGAUUAAAAUUUGUGGCUCCUAAAGCAUUUCUGAAAAACAGCAACUUACAGCACAUCAAUUUUACCCGAAAUAAACUGGCAAUUUUGUCUCGGAAACAUUUUCGUCACCUUGACUUGUCUGAACUGGUCCUGGUGGGCAAUCCAUUUACAUGCUCCUGUGACAUUAUGUGGAUCAAGACUCUUCAGGAGAUUAAAACCAGUCCAGAAACUCAGGAUUUGUACUGUCUCGAUGAAAACAGCAGGAAUAUUUCGCUGGCAAACCUGCAGAUACCCAAUUGUGGUUUGCCGUCAGCAAAUUUGGCCGCACCUAACCUCACUGUGGAGGAGGGAAAGUCUAUCACAUUGUCUUGUAGUGUUGCAGGCGAUCCAGUUCCGAAUUUGUACUGGGAUGUCGGUAAUCUGGUUUCCAAGCAUAUGAAUGAAACAAGCUACACACAGGGCUCCUUAAGGAUAACUAACAUUUCAUCUGAUGACAGUGGAAAGCAAAUCUCUUGUGUGGCAGAAAAUCUUGUAGGAGAAGAUCAAGAUUCGGUCAACCUCACUGUACAUUUUGCUCCAACUAUCACAUUUCUCGAAUCUCCAACCUCAGACCACCACUGGUGCAUUCCAUUCACUGUGAAAGGCAACCCCAAACCAGCGCUUCAGUGGUUCUAUAACGGGGCAAUUUUGAAUGAGUCCAAAUACAUCUGUACUAAAAUCCAUGUCACCAAUCACACGGAGUACCACGGCUGCCUCCAGCUGGAUAACCCCACCCACAUGAACAAUGGGGACUACAAGUUAGUAGCCAAGAAUGAGUAUGGGAAGGAUGAGAAACAGAUUUCUGCUCACUUCAUGGGCUGGCCUGGAAUCGAUGAUGGUGCAAACCCAAAUUAUCCUGAUGUCAUUUAUGAAGACUAUGGGACUGCAGCCAAUGACAUCGGGGACACCACGAACAGAAGUAAUGAAAUCCCUUCUACAGAUGUCGCUGACAAAACUGGUCGGGAACAUCUCUCGGUCUAUGCCGUGGUGGUAAUUGCAUCUGUAGUCGGAUUUUGUCUGCUGGUAAUGCUGUUUCUGCUGAAGUUGGCAAGACAUUCCAAGUUUGGUAUGAAAGGUUUUGUUUUGUUUCAUAAGAUCCCACUGGAUGGGUAGCUGAAGUAAAGGAAAAGACAGAGAAAGGGGCUGUGGUGCUUGUUGGUUGAUGCUGCCUUGUAAGCCGGACUCUUGGGGCUGGCGCUGGCUUCUCCCGGGAAAUGCCACUCAUCUGGGGCUUUCUGGUAGGCGUGGGCGGUGUUUGCAGGAGUCCUGCACCAAGCCUGCAGGGCCUGAGUGUGAGUGGGGAACACCAGCGCAGAGACGGCUCACAGGCAGCUAAGCAGAAGCUCAAGGGAACAUCUUGAAUUAAUGCUUCUCUUUGCUCUUACGAUCACUCAAGUACAAAAUUGAAAUGAAGUGCUACCGGAUUGUGCUUCUCUUCGGAAAGGUGUGCUGUUUGACCAUAUUGGAAAUGUAUUGAUUUUCACUGUUUCUGUUUAUUAAAGGUGAACUGCAAAGUUAAAGAAAAAGAGUUAGGGACAGUUAUAAGUACACACUAAACAGUCUAAUCUCCAUUUAACACGAAUUUUAGCACUGUUUUCUGCUAUCGCUUAAUCAGUACUGAAUUCAGAAAGUUUCCCUUUUCCAUGUAGAACACAGUGACUAAACGAGUUAAGGGCAUGUCCACCAUCACUGUGGGGACUUGGGGGUGUCACACUGAGGGGUUCAUUGCUUCACUGGCCUUGAAGGUUCAGAGUCAUGCAGUCAGCAAUAAUGAUUUCCUUAAAGCUUAUCAGCAGGCAAAAAGAAAAAGAAAAAAGAAGCUAUUUGGUCAGGGGCUGUGGAUUUCGUUUAGGCAUAGUCGGUUUCAGAAUAACGGAGAGCGUGGAAUAUAUACAUAUGGUGCAUAUGUCCUUUCAUUUGCCCUCUGCGAGCCCCCUGCUUUUUAGAAGUGUGCCGAGUGAGCAGGCCGCAGCAUCUCACGCUGUUCCCAUGACAGAACUGUGGCUUUUCUACUCUGAAAAGGCCUGCAAGCAGAAUGGCUAGCCUGCUGGGAGCAGGAGCCGACACUCUAAGAAGGCUAGUCCCCCUACUACCUGUGCCCUCCUGCUGGGUUUUCCCGGGCAGGACAGCUCUUCCUGACCCAGGAGCACAGGGGUGGCAGGUCGCUAAUGAAUGUGUGCUUUGGAAUGUCCGGCUUCAGUGCUGAGAGGGCAGCCUUGGCGCUGCAGAGCCUGCGUUCCUGCCUUAGUCUUACCGUGGACACCUGUGUCACGCACUUGGCCAUCACAAUAGCCUUUGUACACUUUGCUUAGUGUGCACCAGGCAGGUCCCUGUCCAGAAGAGAGGUUUAGCUGCCCCUGCUCCACUUCCCACCUUAGGAGAGCUUCAAAGCCAGGCUUGGAGCAUUUUGUUUGAAAACACAAUCCUCUCUGACUGUUAAGGGCUGCACAGAGAUGCUAUGGCUGAAUUGGGAACUUACUGAUGUUUUUAAAUUUUCUUUUUUUAGGGGGCAGUGGGGAAUAGUUACUCAAGUUUUGCAGUUCAGCUUUAAGGUUUUAUAGAUUUUUAACUAGUCCAACGUAUUUGGGAACAUUGUUUUGAAUCCUGUGUAACCAAGGCAUUAAUCUUAAUAAACCAGGAUUCGCUUAGGCAUCACUUGAUAUAAAAAUAUUAUCAUGAUGAAUAUUUUUAUCAUGUAUCUUUUACAUUAGCCACUAAAUAUGUUAUUGCUUGAUGCAGACAUUUCACAGUCCUAUGGAUUACAGCAUUUGACUUGGCUGCUCUGUACUCACGCCUAAUAGAAGGGCAGUUUCUCCGAAGCACAAACAGGCUGCUGUUCUCAGGAGCUGUCUUUCCAAAAGAUAUUUGAGUGUGAGGGCAGCUGAACCUGGAUGUCAGAGGUCUGAAUAUUCUCUGAAUUCCCAUUUUCCUGCUCACUGCUGAAUGACGGUUCCUGUCAUGACUUAGAUUUGGAUCUUUCCCGAAGGUGUUGAUUUAC